UACGAAAUUUUUCGAUAAGCAUGAAGUCACGUAAUUUAAAAGAUAUGGAAAUCGAUAACAUUUUAGGUGCAAUGGGGGAGGCAUGUUCUCAGGAUGUUUUGACGUAUUGUAGAUAUGGCAUUCACAAGAUAAUAUUAUCUUCAAGUGAAUUAAAUUUAUCAUUCAGUGAAGCUUGCGGGAAAGGUAAUUGUGGUCUUGGCUUCGGCAGGUUCUGUUUUCGAUGGGCGUUGUGGACGAAAAGCGCACUCUUAUUUCCCAUGAUUCUUCUAGGGAAUAUGGGACUAUUUCACAAACGGAUUCAAAAGAAAAAUAUGUUGCUAAGUGCAAAAAAAAAAAUAAAAAGCAAUCCGAAAACUUAGAAAAAAGCAAAUUAUCCAUCUGGCAAUUGUUUCGUUAUAGUAAAAAAUGGGACGUAUUUCUUAUGAUCAUUGGAUCACUUUUUGCUUUUGUCAAUGGAGCUGGAUGGCCAAUACUUGCUAUUGUCUUUGGAUCUAUGACAAAUAUUUUUCUGGCAAAAUCAACAAGUCCAACACCUUUACCUAAUGAAAACAGUUCAAUAUUUAUUCGUGAAGAUGCAUAUCUGGAUCAAAUAAUUGAAAAUGUUACGUUGGACAGCUUUGAAGAGUCUAUGACAGCAUUUUCUUUGUAUUAUGUAUAUAUUGGUAUUGGUGUGUUUGUAGCUUCUAUAAUUCAGAUACUGUCAUGGAUGAUGGCAUGUGAAAGGCAAGUUUAUAUUAUGAGGCAAGAAUUUUUCUAUCAAGUUUUGCGUCUUGAAAUAGCUUGGUUUGACAAACAUCAAAGUGGAGAGCUUACAACACGACUGAAUGAUGACCUGGAACGUGUAAGAGAAGGAAUUGGGGAUAAAUUCAGCAUGGUAAUUCAGUAUGGAUCUACAUUUCUUGCUGGCUUUAUUGUGGGCUUUAUCAAAGGAUGGCAGCUUACUUUAGUAAUAAUGUCCAUGACGCCAUUAUUAACUUUAUCAUCUGCCUUUUUAGGAAAGAUAGUUUCUACCUCUUCAGCUAGAGAACAAAAGAAAUAUGCUGUUGCCGGUGGAAUUGCUGAAGAAGUUUUGUCAAGUAUCAGAACUGUUACUAUGUUUAAUGGUCAAGAUAGAGAAAUCAAGAGGUACAAAUCAGCUUUAAAUGAAGGGCUGCAGGUUGCACUUCGAAAAUAUGUUUACGUUGCAUUUGCUUUUGGAUUUACUUUCCUAGUUUUGUAUGGAUCCUAUGCCUUAGCAUUUUGGUAUGGAGCUGAAUUAGUUUUAGCCAACAAAAUGUCACCCGGUGAUGUAUUUUCAGUGUUUUUUGCUGUAAUGAUUGGAUCAUUUUCCUUAGGUAAUGCUAUGCCUCAGUUAACUUCUGUCGCUACAGCCAAAGGAUCUGCAAGUUCAAUAUUUAACAUUAUUAAUACGGUGCCAAAAAUAGACCCUUAUUCAAAAGAGGGUAUUCAACCAAGAGAUUUUUCUGCGAACAUUGAAUUUCAUAACGUAAACUUUUCGUAUCCUACUAGAAAAACUGUAGAAGUGUUGAAAAAAUUUUCCUUGCUCAUCAGAGAAGGUCAAACUGUCGCUUUAUGUGGUCCUAGUGGAAGUGGAAAAUCAACUAUAGUUAAUUUAAUUCUUCGUUUUUAUGAUCCGGUUAAAGGCCACGUAACCUUAGGAGAUUAUGAUUUAAAAACUCUAAAUGUCAGUUGGCUAAGAUCAAAAAUAGGAAUUGUGAGUCAGGAACCUGUUCUCUUUAGUGGAAGUAUAGCAAAAAAUAUUGAAUAUGGCCAUGAAAAUGUAACUUUUUCUGAUAUUGUGGCUGCUGCAAAGAUGGCUAAUGCCCAUGAUUUUAUAACUAAAUUACCUCAGGGAUAUGAUACAUUAGUAGGUGAGAGAGGUGCACAACUUUCUGGUGGACAGAAACAAAGAAUUGCUAUUGCCAGAGCAUUAGUUCGUGAUCCAAGAAUCCUUCUUCUAGACGAAGCUACGUCAGCUCUUGAUGCUGAAAGUGAAGCUGUGGUUCAGGAAGCAUUAGAUAAGGCUCAAGAAGGAAGAACAACAGUUGUAAUAGCGCAUCGUCUUUCAACUAUUAAAACAGCUGAUGUUAUAUGUGCCAUGGAGAAUGGCGAAAUAAAGGAACAAGGGACACAUGAAGAACUAAUGGCAAAGCAAGGACUAUAUUAUCAACUAGUUACUAAUCAAAUUUUUACUGAUGAUAGUGGUCAUUGUUCGUCUGAAGAAGCUCGAUUAAGUGACACAGAAAAUGUCAGAAGUUUGAGAAGAAAGAGGUCUAGUCUUAAGACUGCAAUUCAUCUCAACCAUCGACAAAUUAGCAGUCUUCAACUAGACAUAGAAGAGGAAAAAGUACCAUUACCAUCAGGGUUCCAAAUUCUUAAACAAAGCAAAAGGGAGUGGAAAGAAAUCGUUAUUGGGUCUUUAGCAUCUGUUGUAACUGGUGUUAUUAUGCCAACUUAUGCUAUUUUUUACAGUGAAAUAUUUAAUACUUUCUCUCUAUCUGGUGCUGCUCUAAAAGAAUCUGCAUUCUUCUGGUCUAUGAUGUUUCUAGUUUUGGCAGGGACUGCAGCAUUGGGUCAUAUUUUCAGGACUAUAGGUUAUGCUUUUGCUGGUGAAAACCUGACAAUGAGGCUGAGGUAUCAAUCAUUUACUAACAUUAUAAGGCAAGACAUUGCAUGGUUUGAUGAUGACCGUCAUAGUUCAGGAAAACUUGCUUCUCGACUUGCUACAGAUAUCCCACUUGUGAAAACAGCAGCCGGAGUCCGUAUAGGUACUGUGAUAUCGGCCGUUGUGACGCUUGUUGCUAGUAUUACCAUUGCUUUCAUUUUUGGUUGGAAGCUUGCAUUAGCUUUAAUCGUUGUGGUUCCAAUUCUUUUGGUUGCUGGAGCUCUGCAGAUGAAAACUUUGAAAGGAAAUCAAAAACGUGAUGCUGAGUUGAUGUCAAAUGCUAGUGAAGUUGCAAGUGAAGCUAUUGAAAACAUCAAAACAGUUCAAAGUCUUACUCUUGAAGAAAGAUUUUACGAAAGAUAUGUCAGUAAUCUUUUUAAGCCUUUUAUGGAAAAUAAAAAGAAUGCCCGAGUUUAUGCUCUUGCUUAUGCCUUUUCUCAAGCUGUUAUGUUUUUCACAUAUGCUGCAGCGUUUCGCUUGGGAGCAUAUUUAGUGGCUCGAAAUGAGAUGGAAGCUGUAGAUGUCUACAGGGUGUUCUUUGCUAUGGCAUUUAGUGCUGUAUCUGUGGGGCAAUGGACAUCAUAUCUUCCCGACUAUGCAAAAGCUAAACUAUCUGCUGGACUAGUUUUUCAUCUCAUAAAAUUGGUUCCAAACAUUGACAGUAGUUCUAAAGGAGGAAUACGUCCAGAAGUGAAAGGAAAAAUAGAUUUCGUUGAUGUGAAAUUUCGUUACCCAAGUCGUAGAAACGUACAAGUUCUUCAAGGAAUUAAUCUCACUAUAAAUCCUGGUCAGACAGUAGCUCUAGUAGGAGCUAGUGGUUGUGGUAAAAGUACAUUAAUAGCUCUCCUGGAAAGAUUUUAUGAUCCUGAAUGUGGACAAAUUUUAUUGGAUGGAUUUGAUAUAAAAACAAUAAAUUUGAAAUAUCUUAGAAGUCAAAUGGCCCUUGUUAGUCAAGAACCAGUUUUAUUCAAUUGUACCAUAAAGGAAAACAUAAUUUAUGGAAUUGAAGACAAAGUAUCGAAUUCUGACGUUGAGACUGCUGCUCGGAUUGCUAAUAUACACGAUUUUAUCAUAAAAUUGCCACAGGGCUAUGAUACUGUUGUUGGAGAAAGAGGAACUCAGCUUUCCGGUGGUCAGAAACAGCGUAUAGCCAUUGCUAGGGCCUUAAUACGACAUCCCAAAAUACUAUUGUUAGAUGAAGCUACUUCUGCUCUUGAUACAGAAAGUGAAAAAGCUGUUCAAGAGGCUCUUGAUCAAGCCAGACAAGGAAGAACAUGUUUAGUUAUUGCUCAUAGGCUUUCUACAGUACAAAAUGCAGAUUGCAUUGCUGUUAUUGAUAACGGCAAAAUUGUUGAGAAAGGAACGCAUCAAGAGCUUGUGAAUAGAAAAGGAAUUUAUUAUAAACUUAUUAAAAAGCAAUACAAAUGAUUAACAGGUCUGCCUACGGACGAAUAUUUCAGUCGUUAUUUAUAUUUUGUGUUCUGUUAAAUGUUUUCAUUUCUCAGUUUUGAUGUACCACUUUUUCAUGAAAAAAGUGUGAUAAUUUCAUUUUGUCAAAGCAAAAUUAACUGGAAGUGUGUGUGUUUGUUUCAUGGCAUAGUAUUUUUCAUUGUGCAAUAAUUUCAGUUCUUCAUUUAUUGUAAGUUUAAAUACCAUUACAAAAAUCUCUUUUUUUCACAACUCAUAUAUAUUGAAUACUCAUUUGAUGACUUUUAAUCUCAUGCAGUUUUAUUGUUCUCAUAUUCCUUUUUAAUCUUUGCUAAUUUUUUUAAUUAGCUUGUGUUAGCAUUCGGUUCUUAUAUAUAGAAUCGUCUUUCUAAUUUUAAUAAUUCCAUAAUUUGAAAUAGCUUAUUUCAUAUUGAUCA